AAUCCUGCCUAGGAGCCAUGGCUACCUCUGGACCGCCAGGCCAACCAGAUAUCGCUUACCACCCAGACCGCUCUAAAUGGGAGGCGCGAACUGCCCGAAGGCUUGCCGAAGACCCGUCGUUGCCCAGUACCCCUCUUCCACAGGGCUUUCCUUCAAAGCUCCGGUCGCCACUUGCCUGGGAGGGGAAGGACUGGACUGACGAGUCGCAAUGGGUCUACCAGCUCUCUGAGGCGGAGCUGAAGGAGCUGGACGAUGCGGUCCAGUCCUUCAAAGCUACCGGUCUGCAUACGGGGCUCGCAUCGCCGAGAAACUUCCCCCUUCCAACGUUAGGCCCCAACCUUCACGACCUUGCCAAUGAGCUCUACAAUGGACGUGGCUUCUUCGUUCUCAGGACCAUUCCUGUCUCGUCCUACCCUAUCGCCGACCUGGUAUUGUUAUACGCUGGCAUCUCUUCGUAUAUCUCUCCCGUCCUGGGUGUCCAAGAUAAGAAUGGCGGUGUCCUGGCCCACAUCAAAGACCUCAGCACGCAGUUCGACAACAGCAAGAUCGGCAGCCCAGCCUAUACCACAGACAAGCAGGUCUUCCAUACAGACCAGGGCGUCGAUGUGGUCGCUCUGUUUGCGCUGGAGACAGCCAAGGAAGGUGGCACGUCGAGGAUUAGUAGCAGCUGGAGGGUCUACAACGAACUGGCAGAGAAACGGCCUGACCUUGUCAAGACGUUGGCCGAGCCUUGGGAUCUCGAUGAGUUUGGCCAAAACCCGCCCUACACCUCACGACCACUACUCUACUACUUGAACAACCGCCUCAUCCUCCAGUACGCCCGUCGCUACUUCACUGGCUUCCAAGGAUUGCCCCGCUCAGCCAACAUCCCUCCGAUAACCGAAGCGCAAGCAGAGGCUCUUGACGCCUUACACUAUCUAGGCGAGAAAUAUUCGCUAGGGCUGAAUUUCCAGAAGGGUGAUAUCCAAUACAUAAACAACCUCGCUGUCUUCCACGCCAGAGAUGGAUUUACCGACGACGAAACUCAGAAACGACACUUGCUUCGCCUUUGGCUUAGAAAUGAAGAGCUAGCAUGGGAACUUCCGGAGGAACUUAAGCCGCUGUGGCGAAAGACAUUCUCGGUUCGACCAGAAGAUCGUACAUUUGCAUUGGAGCCUGUGGUACGGGAGGCCGUUCGAGGCAAGGGUCUCAAUUAA